AUGGAUAUCAGUGUAAAUGUGGUCACGAAGUUUGUCAAAGUGUAUGAAGCUUUAAGUCCUCAAAUUACUCAACUAUAUUCAGGUGAUAGUAAAAGCUUCAUGGAGAUCACCACUUUGUUAAAUGAGUUGAAUGCAUUAAUUUCUCAGCCAAGCUUAUUUCCUCUGAUCACACCUGAAUUUCUAUCUGAGAAAUUUAUGUUGUUUGAAUCAGUUGUUCACAAACAAUGGCACCAUUGUCAUGAAUUCUCAAUCUUUUACCAACAAAUGCCCCUCCUUCUAUCACAGAGGAUGGUAUCGGGUAUAAAGCUUUUCCGUAACCCUAACCCUAGCAUAUCAUAUCAAGUCGCCACCUUUACCUUAUACCUUCCAUCUCCGACGCCACCACCUUGUCAUUCUCCCCAGCCGCCACCGACGAUCAAAUGGAGUCCCAAACGACGUCGCCUUUUGUUUCACCAUCGAGAUGCGGUCAUGGCUUGGCUGCCGGCGAAGGCACAUUUCGUUACUAUUUCAUUAUCGUCCCCUCGCUCUCCAAUAGUUUAA